ACCCGGAAGUGCAGGGUUUGUUUUGAAAAGCAGGCGCCAGCAGCAGCAGCGGCUAAAAGGUCAAAGGUGCAGGGGGGGGAUGCCAGCUCCGGAGCCGGUCAGGCAGGGUCGGAAACGCGGCCUGCCCUCCUGCCCCAACCCGCUGUUCCUCCGGUGGCUCACGGAGCUGCGGGACGAGGCGAAGGAGAAAGGACAGAAGAUCCAGUUCUGCUACCAGAAGGCCAUCAGCUCCCUGAACAAAUAUCCUCUGCCGCUGCAAAACGCCAAAGAGGCGAAGAUCCUCCAGAACUUUGGAGACGGGAUCUGCAAAAUACUGGAUGAGAAACUACAACGAUACUUGAGAGAGAACGGUCCAAACGCUCCAAUUCAUUCUCUGCCUAAAGGGGCGCCCCCUCCUGGCAGACCAGACAACAACAACAUGGCUCCGUCCACAAAGAAGAAUGCUGCCGGGGAUAAAGGGAAGGAUAAAGGAGGAGGAGGAGGAGGAGGGAGGAAGAAGAGGGAGUAUGUCCCUCAGAAGAGGUCCGGGGGUCAUGCUGUUCUCCUCACACUUUACAGACAGUCACAGAUCCCGGGAAGUAAAGGUUACAUGUUUAAACUGGAGCUGCAAGCCGAGGCCCAGCUUCUCUGUGAUAAGUCCUUCAGCGUCCCAGAUCUGGGCAGCAAGUACACGGCCUGGUCCUCAGUCAGCACGCUGAUCCAGAAGAACCUGGUGAUCAAGACCCACAAUCCUGCAAGGUUUUCUCUGACUGACGAGGGUCAGAUUUUGGCCGAGCGACUGGAGGCAGCGGAAGAAGGAGCUAAAGACCGAGUGGAGACGAGGAGUGAAAGAGGGGAGGAGGAGGAGGAGGAGGAAGAUGUUCCAGGGGUUGUGGAUCUUACUUGUAGUGACGAAGAAGAGGAGGAGGAGAAAGAGGACAGAACACAUCCCACAGAGAGGCCGCCCUGCGUCUCUCAGUCAGACGGAGACGUGGACGUGAUGAGUUUAGAUUCACAAACCAGCAGGAAGCGGAAUGGAGGAUGUCUUCUACCUGGGAAUUAUGAUAUCAUACUCUGUGUUGACUUCAUUGAAACUACAGGCGGCAGCAGCCACAAGAAACAGGAGCUGGUCAAAGAGCUUCAGAGAAAUGGAGUGAGCUUCGAUGUCAGGAAACUAAAUGUUGGAGACUUCCUGUGGGUGGCUCGGGAGAAGGUUGCACCCGUUCCAGGUCAGUUGCGAGCUCCAGCCGGCAGAGAGCUGGUGCUCGAUUACAUCAUCGAGAGGAAGAGGAUGGACGACCUGUGUGGCAGCAUCAUCGACGGACGCUUCAGGGAACAGAAGUUCCGCCUGAAGAGGUGUGGUCUUCGCAGGCCCAUCUACCUGGUGGAGGAAUGUGGAACUGCGGCCUCUCACCUGAGUUUACCUGAGGCGACGCUGCAGCAGGCGAUCGUCAACACUCAGGUGGUGGAUGGUUUCUUCGUGAAGAGAGUCCAGGAUGUGAGGGAGUCUGCGGCCUACCUCACCAUCAUGACCCGGUACCUCACUAAACUCUACCAGGACCGGACGUUGAUCUGUCGCUCCAGAGAGCUGGAGGGGGAUGAAGCGGGUGACGAGGAGAGAGGGAGCCCGUCCUGCUCUCUCAUUUCAUUUGCAGAGUUCAACCACGGGGCGAUCAAAAACAAGUGUCAGACAGUGAGAGAAGUGUUCGCCAGACAGUUGAUGCAGAUCAGCGGUUUGUCUGGAGACAAGGCAGCAGCCAUACUGGAGAUAUACAGCACCCCCUACAGUCUCCUGACGGCUUAUGAACGAUGUACAAGUGAAGCAGAGAAAGAGAAACUUCUCUCUUCGAUACGAUACGGGAAACUCAAAAGAAAUCUGGGUCCAGCUCUGAGCAAAACCGUUUAUCAGCUCUACUGUACACAAGGAGCGCUGUCAUGAGCACACACACACACACACACACACACAGAUGAAGCUAAACUCAAACCUCUUGUAAUCUGAUCACAUGAUGUCCUAACUUUAUCAGAUUGACUUGAACUGUUCAUGAUUUGCUCUAAAGUUGCUGCUACAUUUUAUUUUCUAUAAAAUUGUUCCUGAUGAAGAAUUUCACAAAUGUUCGUAGAUACUGGAUCAAUAAAGUUUCUUAUUUUUGAA